AUUAAUCACAUCAAAGCAUAAAUGGUUUAAACAUGGAAUCUGAACACAACCUGGAGAGAGGUGGAGGGUAAAAGAACUAAACAAAAUGUUCCCUAAAUGUUUGAAAACAUUUUUUUAAUAAUGGUAUCAGUAUGUUCCUGACCUGGUUGUAAAUAAUAUUAAUUGGAUAUCUGGAUACAGCAUAAGAUUUCAUAUUACUGAAUCCAAGAACAAAACAAUAUGCUUAAGUAUAUGAAUACAAGAUGUUUAAAACUCUGAGUGGCCUAGGACUGCCCAUUUUCUAUCCUCCUUUCCUUCCCAUUUUCUCUUAUUAUAGUGUAUUUUUUUCUUAGUGGGCAGGGGGUUGUCCAGUGAAAUCAUUGGCUUAAUAAAAGUUAAGUCUCUGUGGAUGCUGAAAUAAUGCACUGGUCUUAGAUUAAGACUACCACACUUGAGAUUAUAUCUGUAUUGAUUAGUUUUAUCAUUCUAACACAACCUCUCCCAACACAGCAGAAUCAGUAACUUGCAAACAAGGGGAACCAAUAAUAAAAUUGGAGUCGCUAGAUGAUAUUUUGUUGCAGAUUAGUUUUAUUUUGCUAAACAGGAUUGCAAUAAAGUAAGCCUCUCCUAACUCCCUGAUGGCCUGUGAAAACAAGAUGCUGCAUUUAUCAUAUGAAUCUAGUGGCUAACAAAACUUUUAUGGUAUUAAAAUAUUUCCAUAUCUGGACGAAGGCCUUCUGAACUUCAACCUAUGUUUAUUCAACCUAAAUUUAUUUCAACCAACAAUUCUGCUGAGUGGAACCCAAAGCUUUGUGUAGGAAAUUCCAAGGACCGAUCAAGAAAUUUGCUUGUAAAUCCACCUCAGCUCAGUGGACUAUUGGCGUGGAUUUGGGAGUAAAGCAAAGGUAGGAAAGAAAAGGCCAAAAAGUACAGGAUUCAAAUCCUUUUAACCCUAACAGGUAUGGAGAGAUUGAGCACUUCCAAUGCUGAUUUUAUUUAUAUUAUUUCUUUUUUUUUAAUGUAAAUGUUUGCCCUUCCUUUCUUCCUCCUCAGUUUCCUUCUACUGGAUUCAACUCCUUCUUGGGUGUCAACCUACUUCUGAUCUAAAAACUAGUCCAAAAGCAAGAGGCGACGGAAACAAAGGGAUGAUAGUGAAGCAGAAAGGAUUUGGUUAUGGUUCCUUUCUCUCCUUCUGGAGGGAGAAGGGCAGAAGAAACCAGAGGCUGUGGAGGGCGCCUGCCUCCGAUGAGUAAGGGACACGUUUUUGGUUCUGCUGAAAUCGAGACAAGAGGAGGGACGGGGGAAAUGUGCGUUAUGUGCGCGCUUCUGGAGCAACUUGUACAUCUGAAAACAGCGCGAGAUUCGCGCCAUAGAUUCCCAAAAGGAGGAGAAAGGACGGAUCCUCUCCCCGCCGCGGAUCCUACAGGCGCCCGGCGGUGUAAGGUUAAUGUCUGGAUGGAAUCGGCCAGCGGUUUUCCCUCCCCGUCCCUUGCCUUGUCUCCACUGCCGCAUUCGGCGCCGCUUCUUUUUCCUUCUUCCUUCCCAUCCCCACUAGCUUUGAGAGAUGGCAGUAGCGACGGCGCAAGGAAGAGAACAAGAGCAGCAGAGGAGAGGAUCGGCGGCGCGACUGAAAAUCUCUCGGCAUUCCGUUUUCCAGCGGAGAUUGCUGGCCGGGGAGAAGAGAGAACAAGCCAUCCAGAACAGAGGCCUGUCCCAGCUUCCUGCAGAAAACGUUUGCAAUUCUUCCUGCUUAAAUUUCUAGAAAAAUCCACCACUCUCACCACUGGACAACACCUGAAACUAGGAACAUAGUCUCGCUCUGGAUUAAGUUACUUGUCAUCCUAGCUGAA